AUGCUCGGCGCCCUGGUCGACAUCGACGGGUUAAGUUACGGCAUGAGCUCGUGGAAGGAGCAGCUGGUCAGCACGAUGUACGUGGGCGGGGACCCCGAGGAGCAGAAGGAAGCCUCCAAGUCGGACUGGGCGCUGCACCUCAUGGCGCUGCCGUGGAAGCUGAUCUUCGCCAUCGUCCCGCCUCCGUGCUUCUUCGGCGGAUGGCUCUGCUUCUUCGGCUCCUUGGUCGGCAUCGCUGUGUUGACCAGCUUCGUGUCCGACCUGGCCGAGCUCUUCGGAUGCGUCAUCGAUUCAGGCGACGUGAUAACGGCCAUCACGUUCGUGGCGCUCGGCACUUCCAUGCCAGACCUCUUCGCCUCCCUGGCUGCUGCCAAGGAGGACGAGACCGCCGACGCGUCGGUGGUGAACGUCACCGGGAGCAACUCGGUGAACGUCUUCUUAGGCCUUGGACUUCCGUGGACAGUCUGCUCGGUCUAUUGGGCUUUCAAGGAGCGGACGCCGGAGUGGGCGGCGUGCUACCCCGAGGCCGCCGCGGCGCUGGACGCGGCGGGCGACUUCACCUCCAUGGUGUUCGUGGUGGAGUCGGGCUUCAUCGGCUUCAGCGUGAUGACCUUCUGCGUCGUCUGCCUGUCGACCAUAUUCAUCAUCAUGUGCCGCCGGAGGUACCUGCACGCCGAGCUCGGGGGACCGGUAAUGCCAAAGCUCGUCUGCGGGGCGGUCAUGAUACUGUUCUGGCUUCUCUGGAUCGGCAUCGUGGUGUGGCGGGUGCUCCGCUACGAGAAGCAGUCGUUCUUCGAGCUAGCCGCCGGCGGCUGCGCAUACUGCUCGGCAGUGUUUGUCGGCCUGGUGGUCGCGUUCGUCACCAUCUACAAGAGCCGGAUGACGGAGGUCCAGGCGCGCGAGGCGCAGGCGGUAAGACGGUUCAGCCUGAGGAGUUCUCAAGACGGCCAGUCUGAUGAGCGUCUCAGUGCCCAGGAGUCGGGGGAGCAGCGCUCCGCCGAGCUCGCGGCGGCCAAGGACCCGUCGGGCCGGCAGACCUCCGACAAGGACCCCCAGUCCGGGGAGCUCGGCGUCGGGCACGCCAGCGUCGCGGGCGAGGUCGUCGAGGGCCUAUAG